UGAAGUUCGUUAAGCCUCGCUAUGUGUCCGUGCUGAUGUUGUUCCGCGAUCAUCGAAAACAAUGUCGAAAUCCUCGCUGAAGAGGACCGUGUCCGAUCCUUUCGAUUCGAGUCGGACCCAGUGGUAUUCGAACGUACACGACUGCACCGUGUGCGUGAACGCGGACGGGACUUUAAAUUUGCCCGUCUCCGGGGGGUCCGACAAGGGGGAGUUCGCCUACUUCGAUGACCUCAUCCAGAACAGGAUAUCGUACCUCAGUGGAUAUCUGGAGAACGGGGAUGUUAUCCUGGAGAUCCAGAAUCAGAAGGUGGCCGGAUUCACUCAGAGGGACGUGAACGCGUGGUUAAACCAUUGCUGCAAGAGCGGCAAUCCUGUCAGGAUUACUGUUGCCAGAGGGGGUUAUUUGGGCAAGGAUCUCCGGCAGCACUUGAACACCAGGUUCCCCAAGAAUUCUCCGGACUGUGAAUUGCAAAAUACCGUUCGAGAUAACCUGUACCUGAGAACUGUGCCAUGUACAACUCGAGCCCCCAGAGAAGGGGAAGUGGAUGGGGUAGACUACACCUUUCUCAGCGUUGAUGAGUUUAUGCAACUGGAACGUUCCGGCAACCUUCUUGAAAGUGGAAUCUAUGAAGGAAACCAUUACGGAACUCCGAAACCCCCAGAAGAAUGUCCGCUGUCGAACUCCCGUCCCAGUAAUUACAGCAACAACAACAGUAACAUCAUCCCUGGCAUUCAUCCUUCAUCCGAGGGCAAGAGACGAAGAAACAGGUCCAGUGUCGAAGCUAUGACUGCCAAGACGGAACAGAAUGAGUCUUCGGGAUUCGAUCAUCCAUCGAAAGGCAGCACACAAUCAACCCAACAUAAAAUUCCGGAUGAAACGAAGCCUCAUAAAAAUGGGACAUCUGAGGAUGAAGAAAACCUGGGCCCCUUGCCUGAGAACUGGGAGAAGGCUUAUACUGAUGAUGGGGAGCCAUACUUUAUAGACCAUAAUACUGGGACUUCUCAAUGGCUGGAUCCUAGACCAAAGAAUAAGAAGCCUGUUUCAGAAUGUGAUGAAAAUGAGCUUCCUUAUGGUUGGGAGAAAAUUGAUGAUCCUCAUUAUGGAACUUAUUAUAUUGACCAUGUAAAUAAACGAACUCAGUAUGAAAACCCUGUUAUACAAGCACGUAAAGUUUCAACUGGAUUGCGUGGGCAAGGAUAUCAUCCACCCUAUGUCUUCACGAAUAACCCCAACGAGUUGAGGGGCAGACCCCUGAGGACGAAUCUGACCAAAGGACCCAGGGGAUUCGGGUUCACCAUCGUGGGAGGAGACGAUGGAGAAGUGGAAGAAUUCUUGCAGAUUAAAGCUGUUGUUCCUCAUGGACCUGCUUGGCAAGAUGGAAAGCUCAAAACAGGUGACGUUCUGGUUUCGAUCAAUGAUGUUUGUGUGCUUGGCUCCACUCACCAAGAAGUGGUCAGCCUGUUUCAAUCGAUCCCCGUAGGCGAGUCUGUCGUCCUGGAGGUCAACCAAGGGUAUCCGUUGCCUUUCGACCCCGACGAUCCGAACACCGAGAUCGUCACGACCAAUGCCGUCAGUGAGGACAUCUGUGGAAAUUGCUCACAGGACUCUGUGGACUCUGCCACCACCCGCUCUGCCAAAUCCAUGCCCGAUCUCAGCAGCAGGAACUCCUUCCUGACCCAACGCCAUGGAUCCGCGGAUCUCCUCAGCACCGGCUACGAUCCGGCGCGACCGGAGAAGCCGGAUUUCUUGUCCGUGGAGAUAGUCAAGGGGAAGGCCGGAUUCGGAUUCACGAUAGCGGACAGCGUCUACGGGCAAAAGGUGAAAAAAAUUCUGGACCAUAGUCGAUGCCAGCACCUCCAAGAAGGAGAUAUACUGACAGAGAUCAACGGUAGAAAUAUUCGGGGACUGCCCCACACCGAAGUGGUACAAAUGCUCAAAGAAUGCCCCACUGAUGAAGCUGCUCAUAUAUCGAUUCAGAGAGGCCUCCUGCCUAGGGUAACAAAGAUGAAGUCGUCCGACGAUAUUGGUGUUCGAAGAAGUGCAAGCAAUAAUUCUUAUUCAUAUCAACAUAGAUCUAUGGAUGGCUAUCCGAUCGCGUCCACCAUGUACCGCAGCAAGACCCCCACGGCCGACCUCUACAGCUCUCGAGAGAAGGAGAACAUCAGCGUGAACAGGCCCAAGACCCCCUUGGUGGACACCAGGCACUGGCCCAAGCCGGACAACGACGACCGAUUCCCCCCCUCUUCGAGAACCAACGGAUUCCUCCCCCAGCAGUCGAAAGACAUCCGGGGGAACCCUCACGGCAACAAUCAUCCGUGGAAGACGGACCAUCCGCCGAACCUGCGGACUGCCUACAGCGCCUCGCUGGACAAAACCAGCGUCAAUCCCUCGUGGUACACCACCCUCGGGAAGCUGAGGGACACCUAUUGGGCGGACGGCAGCCCGAAGUCCGCCACCGAUUAUCCGCCGGGCGAGUUUCGGUACGGCUACACUCAGGCGAAAGUUCCCCAAAGGACGCAGCACUACAGCGACUCUUACGACGACAACGUCUUCACCACGAAUCCCGCGUGGCAGGGCAAAGCGCCCGACGGCGUCUCCAACAGGGACUGGAACUACGAGCACGGCGACGCCCCGUACCGCAGGACUAAUUCCGUUCGUAGCGACGAGAGGUCGCUGGGUCAUUCCCCCGGGGGGUCUCACUACGACAGUCUCGGCAGGAGACACCGGAGCGGCGCGUCUUUCGAGCACGAGCUCCCGUCGCCGGCGUCCGAUCCGCGAGCGGAUUUCGUGGAAAUGACGGUGACCCUGCAUCGGCAGGAGAGCGGCUUCGGAUUCAGGAUCGUGGGCGGGACGGAAGAAGGAUCUCAGCAAGUAUCGAUCGGCCACAUCGUCCCCGGGGGCUCUGCGGAUCUGGAGGGUACGCUGUGCAAGGGGGACGAGAUCGUCUCCGUGGACGAGCGCUGUGUCCUGGGGACUUCCCAUCGGCACGUGGUACAAUUGAUGGGCCAGGCGGCACUCAAGGGGAAGGUGGUGCUCUACGUCAGGAGGAGGACGGAGAAGGCGCAUCCCGAAAUGAACUCUUCGUAUCACAUGCAUCCUGUGGAGAACAUUUAUCCUUAUGAUGUGACCGUAACGAGGCAGGAAAAUGAAGGCUUUGGCUUCGUCAUCAUCUCCUCAGUCAGUAGAGCCGGCUCUACCAUUGGUCGCAUCAUCGAGGGAAGUCCCGCAGAAAGGUGUGGACGCUUGCGUGUGGGGGAUCGUAUCCUUGCCGUCAAUGGGGUGGACAUCCUGAACCUGCAUCACGGUGACAUCGUUAACCUCAUCAAGGAAUCGGGACAUCGGGUCACCUUGACGGUGGGACAGCCACAGGCCCAAGAAGACAACUCGAGCAAUCAGAGCAACUGCCUCGAUUCUUCCUCCUCUUCUCUGCCACCGCAACCGGUGGUGGACAACAAGAGUGUGGCUGGUGAUGAUGAGCAGUACCACGCGGUGGAAUUGCAUCGUGGGACGAGGGGCUUCGGGUUCAGCAUCCGAGGGGGGAGGGAGUUCCAGAACAUGCCCCUCUUCGUGCUGAGGAUUGCCGAAAACGGUCCCGCCCACCAGGAUGGGAAACUCAUGGUCGGGGACCAAAUCAUCGAGAUCAACGGCAUCAACACGAAGAACAUGACCCACGCCGAUGCCAUAGAGCUCAUCCGCAGGGGUGGAAGCAGUGUCCGCCUCCUAGUCCGAAGGGGUGCCCCCUCUCACGCACCAGCUUCUUCCAGCAGUGUGCUUCCUACAAUGAACUGUUACCCCCCACCCAUGGGUGGUGUGUACCUCCAGUACCCCCAUCAAGAUUCCACCACCACCCAGAUACCGCCUCCAGAUUCAUGGGUUCCUUGUGACAACCUGUCCCAGGACUGCUAUUCAUGGGGGUACUGAGGUUCAAAAAAAAAAAGAGAGUAAUCAUACCAAAAAAAGCACAGAAUUGUUGAUUUUUUAAAAAUACAAUGAAGAUAUUGAU